AUGCCUUCUGUCCUUCUCUUCUCCGGCCUGCCCCUGGACGUGCGCGAGCCGGAUCUCGCUGAACUCCUCGUCGCGGAACCGGUGCGCCUUGCUCCCUCUAGCGUCGCUGUCACCGCACUGCACAACGGCAAGGGCGUGUUCCUCGGCACCUUCCUCGUUGAGGUUGGCACCGACGCCGACGCGGAGCGCGUCCGCAAGCAGUUCUCUGGACAGCUGAUUGAUGGAUCGCACACGCUUUCGGUCCACCAUGUCCUCCCGGCGACGCAUCCGCACCCGUCUGUCGCUCCUCCCGCGUCGAUCACGAGCCGAGUUACGCCAAUGAUGGCGCAGCAGCCUAAGAAGCUCGCUGCGAAGGCUAAGCCGGCGGCUCCUAAGAAGGACGACGGAAAGGCGCCUGGCCUGAAGCUUCUCUCGCGGCUGGGCAAGGGCGGCAAGGCGGGCGAGCAACAGAAGCAGAAGCUGCUUCUCGAGAAACAGCGUGCGGCGCUGAAGAAGAAGGGCAGCCCCGGCGACGUGCUCGCGUCGCGCCUCGGCAAGUCGAAGCCCGGCGCUAAGAGCGCGGCGGGCAAGAAGGCGGCCGCGAAGGCGCCGGCCGGCGGUGCGGCCAAGGUCGCCCGCGCGAAGAAGGACAAGAUGGACGUCGACACGCCCCCCAACGCAAAGGGGAAGCAGAAGGAGAAGCCGAAGCAGAAGACGCAGGCGGACCUCGACGAGGAGAUGCGCGCCUACGAGCGCCAGCGGCGUUUCGCUGCUGCCUGA